CCCCAUAUCCCCAAAGCAGACAAUCGUCGAUUGUAUUCUCUAAUCAUUCCAUAUUUUGGGGGAAAAAAAAAGUAAAAGAAAAAAGGGAAGAAAAAAGGGAAGAAAAAAUCCUAUCCCCAAAACCAACCACCUGCCCAGAAACAAUGUCUACUACCACAACCCUAACCCCCGAAGAAACCACCCUCCUAGCAGCAGCCACCAAAACAAUAACCAGCAUCAAAACCUCCGACAUGCACAGCGUCUCCAGCUCCGUCCUAACCUCCACCGGCCAGAUCUUCUCCGCCGUAAACGUCUACCACUUCACCGGCGGGCCGUGCGCCGAACUCGUCGUCUUGGGGACUGCUGCCGCCGCUGGAGUCGAGAAUCUCACGCAUAUUGUGGCUGUGGGGGACAACGAUCGGGGUAUAUUAAGUCCGUGUGGGCGGUGUCGGCAGGUUUUGUUUGACUUGUGGCCUGGGAUUAAGGUGAUUGUUAAGGAUAAGGAGGGGAGGCCGAGGGUUGUUGGGAUUGGGGAGUUGUUGCCUUUUUUUUAUUCUUGGGGUAGGGAGGAGUAGGAUUUGGUCUUCUUUUUUUUUUUUGGCCUAUGUGGUGGUGGUCGUGGUAUGUACAUAUAUAUAUAUAUAUAUA